UAAUUCGAAAUUCGUCAUUUCCGGGGUAAAAACGCAAAGGAUUGUAGGUAAAAGCGGCUAACGCAUGCGGGCUAUUACAAGACAACAGUCACACAGAGACACAAAUGGCAAGAAGUUGUUGUAUUGUUAACUGCCAUAGCCGGUCGCAUGACAGCCACGGGAAGCCGAAGGCUAAAGGAAUCGGUUUUUAUAGGAUUCCUUCGUGGAAGAAAAAUUAUUCAAGUGAUGUUUCCGAAGUCACGAAGAGGCAACGGAUGGCCUGGAUUGCAGCUAUUGGAAGACCAAAUAUAACGUUCCAGAACACUCCACCUCACAUGUUAGUCUGCUCCAAGCAUUUCCACAAAGGCAAACCAGCCUACAAAAUGAUGGAAAGCGAUCCAGACUGGGCACCCUCUAUCAAUCUGGGUCGUACCGAGUUGAAAGUUGGGAGAGCGAGUUCAAAACAGCCGCAUUUCUCUGGGCCAGAGACGGAUAAUCCAGGCGAAAUCCACGCAGGUAACCCAGCAUCAGGUGAGCAGCCUAUGGAGUAUAAUUCUGGCUUGGAUCAUGACUAUUGCUGUGCCCCAGAUGUGACAGUAGACCAAAACAUGAAGUUAAAAAAAGAAAUGGGAACGUUAAGGAAAGAGAUCCAGGAGCUCAAAAUGCAGUCUGCUUUUGGAUUACAAAGAUUCGCCGGAUCCGAUGAUGACAUUCAGUUCUACACAGGGUUUGCAAGUUACCGUCACUUCAUGAUGUUUUGGGGGCUGAUUGAACCCUCUGUCCACAGAGUGAUUCACAGGUCAUGGUCCGAAGCUACUGAAAGAAGGAGUGAAGCAGUAAACGCAUCACACAUGAUGCAGUCAUUGCAACCCAUUGAUGAGCUGUUCCUAUUCCAAAUGUACCUGGCUGCUGGUCUUGAGGAGAGAGACUUGGCAAACCGGUUUGGCAUUCACCCUUUCACUGUAAGCUGCAUUAUCUCUUCAUGGACCACCUACUUGUACACUCUCUUGGGUUCUGUGUGCAUCUGGAUUGAUGCCGAGGACAUUAAAGCUCACCUCCCUGAUGACUUCAAAGACUUUCCCGAUACUCAGGUGAUAGUUACUUGCACUGAGCUAAAAUGCCAAAUCCCAUCCUCCACUCUCCUCCAACGUGAGAUGUUCUCCAAGUCUCACUGCACAAUGAAAGGUCUGAUUGGGAUGGCCCCACAUGGCGCAGUGACCUUUGUUUCUUCACUCUAUCAGGGGUCAAUAAGUGACAAGGAACUCUUUAGAAGAUCAGGUUUGGUUGACCACCUUACAGAAGACAUGGCCAUAAUGGUUGACGAAGGAUUCCUCAUGUCUGACUGUGUGGAUUGGAAGGUGUACUGUCCAGCUUUUCUUAGCCAAAAUAGCCAGAUGCUAGCACACAGCGGCUUCAAGAGACAGAAAAUUGCACGACUCAGCGCACAUGUGGAGCGUGUAAGCCGAAGGGUAAAGGAAAACAAACUGUUUGACUCGGUUAUACCGCUAUCGAUUGCUGGAAGCAUUAAGGAAAUUUUUACUGUGGCUUGCCUGCUAAUUAAUUACCAAAAUAAACCUCUCGUCAGGGCACGGGCUAAGAAACACACAUGAAUAUAGACUUCACUUGACCCCGCAGACAGAAAGUAAACUGGGUAGGUAAAUUGUGAACAUAAGCAAGUUGUAUAUUUCUGUAAAUAAGGAAUUUUCAUUUCCUUGUUCUGAAUGUUUUCUGAAAUGUAGACAAUGUCAACAGAUGAAGAGUCACAGCAGCAUGUCAUAAAGUGAUGUUAUGGUGUAUAAAUUUCAUGAAUAAAUCUGAGUCGUUCCCAAAUCAGUCACUGAAUAUAAUUUUAAAUUACUUUAAAAUGCAUUAAUUUAAAUAUAAUGAAUUAACAUGAAUUUACACUCUGUAAUGAAUGUACACACUUUGUCCAAGAUGCAGGAAUUUUUUGUAAUUUUUUUUUUUUUUAAAGAGCAGUAGUUCUUCAGACUUUCUGAAGUUCUUUCGAAGUCUUUCUUUGGAUGAUUUUUCACUCAUUUUCAGGCCUUAUUUCUGGCCUUUUCCCCCUUUAAAAAACCCCAAAACAUAUAAUGCUGACUUAUGAAUCAUUCAAGGAUUAAAAAAGGCAUGUAAUUUAACAGACAAAAAGUAAAGAGCCCCUUUUAUGUGAUAUGUGAUGUCCUUAAAAAACAAGGAAAAAAUCCAUGACGUAAGAGACCGAGACAGUCGUACAGAAAUUGUUUGCUUCAAAUUCUUGCUGUUAAAUGUGGUUCUGCAA